AUGGAAAAAAAUUCAAAAUCGUCGCCGAGAGUUAUUUGGGAAGAGCAACUCGACUAUCUAACAACAUGCAUUUCGUUAACAAUUGGAGUUGGAAAUAUCGUCAAUUUUCCGGCAAAAUGUUAUAAACAUGGCGGUGCAACAUAUUUGGUCGCAUAUUUUAUAAUUCUUUUCUCAUUUGGUAUUCCAAUUUUUUACAUGGAACUUAUUAUGGGCCAAUACCAUCGUUGCACUUCAACGGUCUUGUUGAGGAGAUGUGCUCCAGCCUUACAAGUUAUGGAUGGAUGCUCUCACACAGUUCAUAGGGUCACUUAUUACGCGAUUCCCGAUAUUGUUGAGCAUAUGCCUGACGUCUGGUUUUGGUUUGUCAUUACGUAUUUGUGUGUUGGACUUCUGGGAUUCAGCACAAUUUGCAUAAUGAUAAUCGCAAUGUCGGUUCCGAUAGCAGACGUCUUCAACAUUCCGACUAAAAGCUACAAACAUGAUUUGAUUGCAUUGGGUGUUAUAUUUGUGUGUUGGCUUAUCAACCUCCCGUUUUGCUUCAAAUCAGGCUUCUUCUGGAUUUCUUUAAUUUCCGAAGUCGGCCAUUUUUGUCAAGGCGCCACCAUUUUCAUGCAAGUCGUUGUGUUGAGCUAUUAUUACGGUGCUGAGAACAUCAUCGACGAUUUGAUCAUUUUGAUGGGUCAGCCGAAAAAUUUCAUAUCUCAAAAUUUCGGUUACGCAUCUCCUGUUUGGUAUUUCAGUUGGAAAUAUUACUGUCCAAUUGUAGCCUUGGCAUUCACUAUUGUUGUAUUUGUUCGCGAAUUUCCGUCACAAUUAGACGAUAUUCGAUAUCCAUAUCUUUAUGAUCGACAACUCAGAUCAUGGCGAAGAUUGUCGGAAAAGAUGAUCAACGAUGACGAGGAAGAGUAUAACCGGUUGCUAUCAAUAUUGCCAGAUCGGGAACCAGGUGAUCCGACAGGAUUCUUGAAGGCUCUCUACAAACAGUUCUUUUUCGUCGCACAGAACCCAUAUAUUGCAGUAUGUUUGAAUUAA